UGUGUUGCAGACAUAAUCUAUUGCCAGUUAGUAACAUCUGCAAAGCCGUGCCAAUAUUCUGGGCUCCCAAUCCCAAUGUGUUUCGAUAUUCCCUUCAAUAAUGGUAUUUUUAACAGGCCAAUCAUAGCACAUAUUCAAGUGCUCGUUUACAGGUGGGCCAGGGGGUGCCCACAACCAGGAUUUCAGUGCUCUCUCACAGGGGGACUUAACCAGAAGUUUAGUUCUGUCUGUGGCACAGGCUAAGUCCUCUGAGCAUUAAUGUUUAAAUUAUGUAUUUUAUUUUGCUUAGCUGGGAAGACAAAAAUAGAUGACAGAAGAGCACAAACAAGAGAAUAUCAAGAAGUAUUAAAAAGUAUAUCUACCACUCAACUCGUAAAGAGAGAUAAAAGUCAAUGAGGACAAAAAUGUUGUUAAUAAAUGUUGAGUACAACUCACUGUCAAAUAUUAAAGUUGAAAGGAAGGAAGAAUGCUGACAUUUCAAGGAGUACACUUUUCUGGUUUACAGAAAAUCUGCAGCAACAGAAGACACUGAAAUCAUGUUGAGCUGGUUCAGGAUGUCAAUUCUGUUUCGAUGGAAUCCUCUGACAGUGUCUAGGCCAGUGUACAGUAGCGUGCUUUGAAGCUGGUCCUUGGUAAGACAUUUCCUGACUUUACAUUCCAACUCUCUUUCAAGGACCUCAAGGAUAAGUGUCUGUUUCCCUGACAUUCACUUUCGGCUUGUCAGGGAUCAGCAAUAUUUAACUAGACAACUGUGUUAACUGUAGUUUUUUUGGUAAGACUUAAAAAACUUCACAGGAAAGACUGAAACUAAUGAUCUUGCACUAGGAAGCUUUGAAGAAAUCAAGGUUUCUCAGGGGGGAGGGGGUGUGCAGCACUGUCUGCUGCACAUAUUUCCCUUGGAGAUAAGAAGGCAAACACCCUAGAUGCAACUAUAGGAAACCAAACUAAGCUUGAAUUUCAUAGAGAGUAUUCACUCACGUGGCUUGCAUCUAUGCAAAUUUAUUGGAACAAAAGAAAUUAUUUGCAUAAGAAAAGAGUUCAACUCCCACAGGAUUAGUUUGGGACACCAACAUGGCCGCCGUGACGUCAUGUGCAUACUCUCUAUACUUCAAUCAGGUUCGCAUGUUUAUUUUCCAUCCCUAAGCAUUCUGUUCCUCCCGUGGAAAGGAGUUGGUGGUUGUGUUAUGACAACUUCAUCCCUUAGUGUUCUUCAUCCUUCAAUUAAUCAGUUAGAGGAAAGGAUUGUUAAUAUGAUCCUGAUUAGGAGAAGAAAGCUUUCUAUUAAAGGCACCAUGGUCUAGAAGACUAAAUGUAAAUUCCCUAUCUGACCUCAUUGACAUGGAGAAACAAAAAAGGGAUUGGCUGACACCCAGCAUAGUGAUGUGCAGUAUUAAGCUCAACAAGGAUACAGGAAAAAUCCACAACUAAGAAACUGGUUUUUAAGAACCUGUCAGGCUAAUUUUCCAGCUAGGCUGUCUUUAUAAGAGCACUCAAAUUUGAAACAGGUUAUUAAUCAUAACCAUUACAAUUUCCUCAAAUUUGAUUGGUGCAUUAACUGCUUUAUUUUUCUUUAAUCAUUGUGUAUGGUUGUAAUCAGACAGUUGGCUGUAGUCGGACAGUUGCCUGAAAUCAGACAAUUACAUUAGCCAAUCAUAUUAAGUGCACUCAGCUAAAUCCACCAAUCACAGAAGUUAUUACAAUAACCAUAGCAACAAUCACUUACCAAAACAAACUGGGGAUUAAUCCAAAAUGGAUGAAUAUGCAACAUAUGGGCAGUGUCUCCUCCAGUAAUAUUUUCCCUUAUUUUGGACAUUUAGUAUGAACAAAUGCUAUUUGUCCAAAAAGGAAUGCAUAUAUUUUCUUGGAAAUUGUAACAGUUACAGGACUUUGUUUUGUCCAAUUCAAUCUGUAAUCAUACUCAUAAGUAAACAAAUCCGACUCCUGCUUUGUGGUUGUCCAAUUUUGUAACACGUGUAUGAUUACAGACUGAAUUGGACUCCACUCAGUCCUAUUACCAUUAUUUAUAAAAUCUCUUAGAAAAAACUUCUGCACAGUGUACACUUGGGAAAGUAAGAUAAGUCAACAUACAGGGUCCUCUUUUGACACAUAGGUGUCUAAUAAUAUUUAUCAUUUAAUACUCCGACUGCAAUGCAAUGGUAUACAGGUUUUACAUAUACUAAGGAAAGAGCUGAAUGCCACUAAAUACUUUUAGCUCAAAGCUACAAAGUAUUUUUUUUUUCAGAAAAUAAGGACCUAUUUGAGACUGAACCUAAAUAGCCUAAAUCUGUGCUAAUUGGUUUUUAUGUAAGAACCUGAAUUGUUUAGGCUAACUUGGGAAAAUACAGGUUCUUAGUUGCAGGUUUUUACUAGUAAUUAAAUUUGAUGGAAAAAGGAUUAUCAAAAAUUAACAUAGCGAGAUGAGCUUAUUUCCAAUCCAUCUUUCAGACCUGCAGUUUAUUUAAGGCUGUCUUAUAAAGGAACAACAAGAACAACAUGUGCUUUUUGUCAGCUUUAAUGAAUUCCAGACUAUUUAAAUGAAUUAAAAUCCUCUUAACAGAUGGAAUAGUAAAAUGUUAAUGAAUAAAUCCUUUCAUCAAACUGUCUUCUGCUUUCCUCUUGCCAAACCAUCUUUCCCUACAGAGGAGCAAAGGUUGUAGCAAAUAUCAGAAAAAUAAAACAAAGACAAGAGGCUACACCUGAAACCCCUCUUUGCUGUUACUUUAACACCCAGGGAGAAGGUUGUAGUACUUCUAUACAGGUAUGUGCCAUGGAAUAGGAGGUGGGUAAUUUGAGAUGAUCAGUCUUUAUGGUACACUACUUGGCUUGGCUUUCUGAUCCUUUGGUAGGGUUCCUUUGUAAAAUUAUUCUAGCUCAUCGUCAGUACAUAAACUUCAGGGAUUUCAAAAUGUUUUAAAGUAUCUGGAGGCUGGGGGGGGGGGGGGGAGGGGACUACAGAAUUGCUGGCAACAUACAAUCAAGUAGCCGAUGGAACUCCAGUGGUCACCAGUUUGUUUUGAAACCACUGAAACCUCUGUUUAAAACUGAAGAUACAUUGAUGGGAUCAAGAUAUGAACUUGAGCCUAGAGCUACUGAACAAUAAAAAAAUACUCUUUUUAUGCAAAUCAAGUUGUUUGAAGAUUGAAAUAGGAGUGUAAACACUUUUUGACACAAAAAUGACAUUUAUAAUUAUCUACAUUUACCCAAUAUUUCCUAGACCUUCACUUGUUGGGGGAUUGUGUAUUAAAACAACUCGGAACAUUGCAUUGAAAGCCUGUUGUCAAGGAUACAACCAAGAAGAGAUGGUAUUUACAACAUACCUAGACUGUAUUUUUCAGUAGAUACUGGAAAAGAAUCAAGAAUGCAUUGUGAAUCUAAGCAUUAAGAUUUUGAGCCAAAUACAGGAUCAAAAGAUGUUAGUCAAUAAAAAGGAAUGUGGACAUUUUUUGGCAAAAAGGAAAUCAAUACAGCUUGAAUGUCUCAGGGCUGGUUUGCAUGUUUCUAAAAUUCAUACAUGUAAUUUAUUGAUAAUAUUUUGAUGUUUCUUUUUUUAGAACAAUAAUAAUAUCAUUGAUCAAUCAAGUAAAGUAGGUGGAUAAAAGUUCAGUAUUUCCUUUAACACUAGAAGAGAAACUGUUGUAUACAUACUAAUAAUUUAUAAACAGCUGUAUAUCGUUAUUAUUGAGGUUCAAUUUUAUCCCUGGAUAAUUUUACUUUUCUUUGUGUCAUACUCAUUAUCAUACAUUUUCAUACCCCAAAAAACAGGAAAAAUUUAAAUUGAAGUAUAAAGAAAAAAUAAUAAAUAUACCGUUCAUGUAUGGCCAAAAGAAAAAAAAUGAUCACUGGCUCACUCAAAGCUGCACUGGGUGACUGUUUCUCCUAAAAAGGUUUGAACUCUCUGUUGGAUACUCCCUUUAGCCCCACCAGCUACAGGUACAUACCCCUCCCCCCUCAGGCAUGCCAUUCAACAUAGAUAUUGUACUAAAAGAAGACCACUGUCAACCUUAUUAAAAAGUUACCGAGUAAAAACAUUGUUACUAGGAAAAAGAAAAACCAUUCUACUGAAGUGAAUUAUUGCAGUAUCCUUCAAAUUUUGGUUCCAUUGCUUACAUGUAUUGUUUCUAGUAACAAAAAGUGCAAGUCUUAAGAUGAAAGUUUCAUGUUACAGAACAAAAAAUAUCCUUUCUUUUUCCAGGGAGGCUGUUUUCUCCCAACAACUCCCUACCAGGUAGAAAUUUCAUUCAAGUUUCUUAUAACAUACUUUUUGUUUGUUUUGGCCAUGAAGACCCUCUCUCCUGACAACUUUUAAGGAUCCUAGAAUCAAACAAUGCAAAUAUCCCUUAUGCACAACUGUCUUACCAUAUAGAUUUUAAGGAUCAGCAAGGGAAAAUUGGCAAAAAAAUAUACUUCCAGUCCUUCACACGUAAUUGAACUGUCUAUCCCCUACUACACAGAGAGAAAUAACUGGCAAUGUAAUUUUGCUUAUCUGUGCAAAUUAAGUUUGCUGUCAUUAAGUUUUACAAUCCCCCAUAAGCAACCAUGCAGUCUGUCUGGAGGUGUGCUGUUACCACCCCUUAAAUCCCCUUAGCAAAAACCUUGCAUGCCUCCCUCUAAAACAAUAAAUUAUGAUCACAGCAAUUGCAGGCACGUGGUAUCUUUCUGGUAUACUAUCGCACUCAAAAAAGACUACUAGUAAUAAUAAUUGAUCAACAAGAAUAUUGUUUUGGUUAUGAUAUUAUCCUUCUUCUUGGCUGUAGCCCCUCUUAAUAUCUCCACCUCUCUUGAGGCACCACCUCCCAAAGCAAAGGGCCUAUUCUCUGUCAUAUUGUUUCUAUUUUAUGUGUUUCUUACCCAAUAAAAUACAGUUUUAGAGAUCCAGUAGAAAGUGCUGUGAGAAAAAGGGUAGUUCUUUAGGAUGUUUUACUGCCCUUUCCUAAUAGUACCACCUGUUUUUUAAGAAUUCCCAGUCUUUCAUCAACCAUUUAAAAAAUUUGAUAUCUAAUUCUCUUAACAAAAGCUCAAGCUCUAACACUGAAUAACUCUAACAUUUCUUUACUCUACGUUCCUUGUAAUUCUCUCACGUGCACUAAAAGAAAAAUCCUGGAUCGGCAAACCUACUAACCUUAACUAUGCGACACCGUGCCAGAGGGUGUUCGAACAGCAGAAGACCGAGCCCCUGCAAAAACUUUACGUCGAGUGGCAAAGCCUUCCAGGUGUUAACACUUUAAACUGUGACCAUAAGCUUUUUCCCCACGGUAUUUCGCUCAGGAUAGGCAAUUUUGAUGACUUCGAUGAAUCAGAAGCCGCGAAAGCCAAACUCUUGAGUGACGCUCGAUUACAAACAGCGAAAGACUCGCCAUGACAUUUCUCAAAACCAUGCAGUUGAGUGGAAGUUUCUGCAACUUUACCGGGCGUGAUACAGCCUUCCAGCGGUGAACACUUUAAACUGUGGCCAUAGACGUUUUCCCCAUUCUAUUCCGCUCAGGAAAUUAUAUUUUGAUUGAUGACUUCUCUAAAUCAGAGGCCGCAACAGCCACAAAACGUUAACGACAUUCGUUCUGAAACAUCGCAAGACUCGCCAUGAUAUUCCCCGCAGCUGCAUGAUAUUUACCGUUAAAACAAUACUAAAUCUUCUUUGUCUGGUCAUGACAUUUGCUUCAAUGGCCGGCUAGAUACCUUCUCAACAUUCUCGGCAUUCAAGAUACAUAAUUCCGUUAGCCUGUGGGUAGAAACAACGAGAAAACCAAAUGGCAUCGGGCGUCCAUCUUUGUGCUUCGCGCGAAAACAGAGCAGCAACUCUGCAACCGGAUGUGAUGUCAUAAAUCGGUGGAUCAUAGGUACACGAAAUUUCGCUAAGUCGUGGGCCCCCCCCUGCUUCAGGGGCUCAAACACAUUAAAGUCGUAUUUUAUUUUGAGACAAGGAAUGUUCAGAUAGGAAAAUCUCAAAAAGUUGACGAUGCUUUUUGCCGAUGUAGUAAAGUCCAGACAUAACUAAUCGAUGAUGAAUGACAUCAGUGAGUAAUUGAUGAGUAAUCAUUGGGUAAUCAACUGAUUAGUCAUUGAUUAUUCGCUAUAAUCAAUGGGUAAUCGAUGGCCAACAAUUUUGUGGCCUAUCAAUUACUCAUUAAUGACAUUGAUUACUCAUUGAUGUCAUUGAUAAGUAAUUGAUGUGUUCGGUUACUCAUCCAUUAUUUGAUGAUAAUCUGUCGAUUAGUCAUUGAUUACACAUCUCGUACGAAAUAGGAAUUGAACUUGCAUGUAGAAAACCAAUUUAUAUAGGCCAUGACGAAAACAGAACAGCAAGUCAAAUUUAUUUAUCGAACAGUAACUGAAAUAUCAAAAACAAAAUGUUCAGAAGGUCGAGUUAUCUUUCUUACUCUCUUGGUUAUUAGAGUCUCAGUGUCUUUGUUGAGAAACAGCCAGCACAGAGUGCCUACCGAGUAAAAGUUUUUCGCAUCUAAGGUGGUGGUUUCAAUUUAUCCAGAUUUAUAGAAACUAAAAGGGGUUCUUGAAAGUGGUUCUUGGACAAUUUUCAAGAUUGAAUAGCCUUGAGUUUCGAGAAUCGUCAAGGUCUGGUUCAACAAUAAGUGCAAGCUUGCUGACAGCUCUACUGAAGAUACUUCAGGACCUUCAAAUGCUGCUGUUGUUGCAUAACAUGAAUAAGUAAAGCUUGUAUCGUGACAUUUAUGUCAAAGAAGUCUUUGUUUCUUUAUUUGCGAUUUGGUAUGGUUUGAGUACCCGCAAGAUUAUACCGAUAACUAAUCAAUGACCAAUUGAUGACUGAAAAUUUUGUGGCCUAUCAAUUAUUCAUCGAUUACUCAUUGAAUAUUGGAUAUAAUCAAUGACUAAUCAACUGAUUACCCAUCAAUUACCUAUUGAUUACUUAUUAAUUUCAUUAAUGUCAUUGAUUAGUUAUGUCUGGUACAGUGUACAUGUACAAGCAAAUUUAUACAACAGGAUAAACUAAAGUUAAUGUGAUAACCAUAAACCCGCCUUUACCAGUAAUGGAACCGGCUCACUUCCUUUUAGGGGUUACUUCCUGCAUGUGACCCCUGUCACACUAAUUGUUUCGCUCAGCCAAUUAGACACCAGCUAUCACAUGAAAGGUUGAUGCCUACAUUUUCGCGCCUAGGGGCCUCUUCAUAUGAGCCCGGUUGACCGGGCUGGCCCGAUUUCCGAGAUCUCGCCUCACCUCUAAAUCCUUUGUAAAAUUUUCAAUGUGUUCAUAUGAGAGGGCGGGCUGGCUCGGUUCCCGAGAUCUCGGUAAGCGGGCUGAAAAUUUUGCCAUAUGAACACUUCAUCCCGGUUACCGGGAUGAAUGGCGAGAUGAAUUCUGGCGGUCCGGAUGGCAUCGUCUUGCAUUGCCUGCUGCAUUUUCCACAUCAUAAGCAUCCCAUUUAACUGCAGUGAUACAGCUUUAAGAGUUACCGAUGGUAAGAUAGGCCCGAAAGUUAAAAUUUUUGUGUUUCGCCAAGUUUGCUUUGUUUCCCGAAUUUGGCGCCAGAACUCGUUCCCAGGAUCUUUGACCUUUUCUCAUCUCGGAAACCGGGCUGAAAUUUCUCAUAUGAACCCAAAGCAAAAUUCAUCCCGGUAACCGAGCCAGCCCGGUCAACCGGGCUCAUAUGAAGAGGCCCUAUCUCAGCAAAAUAGCACUUCAUAUUCUUCUCUUCGUCGAACAAAAUGCCUGUUACUUACAGUCAAACCAGGUCAAGCGUUCCCGUCGCUAACAAACUAAUGAAUUCAUUAAUGGAAAAAUGAUUUCGUUUGUUGAUUCAAUAAUCCAUUCAUAAAAUGAAUAAUCCAACGGUCAAAUUGUACCUCGAUUCAAUAAUCAAAUGUUGAUUUGGUUUAUGAACAAAAUCUACCUGUUCUUUAUUCUUGUCUGUUGUGUUCAAUCGUAUUUACUUCCCUUUUCCUGCCGUUUACGAUUGCGUUUUACAUUGCCUUUAAUCAAAAUAACAGCUAGAAUAGACAGACCGCAAACGCAAAGAAACUGACAAAGGCCGAGGAUCGAAAUCCACCAAUCACCGCACAUACACUGACCUCAGUUUGACCGUCGUGUUUUCUAAGAGGUCAGGCCUUGGUAUGUUGCACUGAUUAUUGGCAGCAAACUGGCGUACAUGUAACAGUUUCUUUGGGUUUGAACUUCAGAACUCGCCAGCACUCGACUCUCAGAAAAAAAUAGGAAAACACAAAAUUCUGAGGUCAACUUGUGGAAAGUGUAAUUUUUCAAAAAACAGUAAUCGAAUCAACAUUCGAUUAUGGAAUCGAGGCUAAAUAUGACUAUUGGAUUGUUCAUUUUAUGAAUGGAUUAUUGAAUCAACAAACGAAAUCAUUUUUCCGUGAAUGAAUUCAUUAGUUCGGUAGCGACGGGAACGCUUGACCUGGUUUGACUGUAAAGCCCGGAUUUUCUUCAAGAAUUGGAAUUUUUGCUAAGCUGUAAUGACUAGAUCACCGUUUAGGAAGGGGUACCUUAAUCUUCCAACUGCAUACAAGCGUUACGCGUUCGAGUUUUCUGGACAGACCUUCCACGAAGAGAUGUUGCACCGCCGCUCUUGGUCAAACUCCGUCUUUGGAACAUUGAUCUACAAUACUGCAACCCGGCCUCCUCUUGAAUGUCCCUGCUUUCUCCUCUUCUUGAACUUUCGAUACCCUCUCGCAUGUACCCUCACUUUAGGCGGUUGGACUUUCUCUGCUGGCGGCACUUCACAGUCAAGGAAAUCAUCUUAGGCCAGUGUGUCUUCCUUUGGGAUCAGAGUUGCUGUCUCGUGAGUCAGGUGCGGUAUUUUUCUGGUUUAUCGAUAGUUAACUUGAUAUAUAUUCUUAUUAUAUUGUGCCUCGAACGACAUCUAUUUUUGCAAUAUUGUGUGCAUGUGACCGCUUUGAGACAUGGAAAGUUAUUUUUGAGUUCUCUUACUGUAUUAAAAAGCAGGACUUGGCGCCGCGGCCUCUGAAAUUCGCCUUAUUUGUGAGUCCCGGGGAUUCAAGUAUGGAUGUCCGUGCGUUUAUUAUGCUCUUACUAUAGAGUGAGAAAGAAUACGCACUGUUAACAUCAAAUCUGUUAAGAUUGGGUCUUCGAGGUUUUUUCAACUAAUGGAUUGACUUUCAGUUUCAAUUGUUGAUUCACAUCUAACAUAUUAAUGGUUAUCUUUACCCUGGGCUGUUAAGUAAGACUUAAGAGCCGCUAAGUUUUACUUAACCAAAAAUUUGUGUGUGAAGGCCUAAGUAAGAUCUCAAGUAACUUUACUUUGCUUCUUGGAAAGUUGAAACGAUUCAAGAAAGUUUUAAGCGACUUGAAAACCAUCCUUUUGACCGACUUAGCUGACUUGCGGUUUUGCGGUUUCUUGAGCUUUGACAAAGGCGAGACAUGUCAAUCAAUCUUAAUUUUGUUGCAUGGGAAGAUAACCUGAAGUAAAAAGAAUCGGUUGUGUGUGAAGCUUUAUUUUACUUGAAGUAAUUAAAAUUAACUUGUCUUGAAAUAUGUCUUAGCUUAUUUAGGCUCUAGUGUAAAGACUACCAUUAUGAGUUGAGAAUGACACAUGAAAGAAAAUCAUCAAGGUCGGUUUCAUGCGUCGCACGUGCAGACUGCUCCUUGCGAAAAGUCGCGUUUCACAGUAUUCGAGAAUCAGAAAUUUGCUUCGUUCUCCGGAUCAUAAAGAGGAAUUAUAAGCUAAAAAUUUUUCAGGAUUAACUGUUGAAAAGGUGAGCUUUCCAAUUAUUGAACCUGUUUCAUGUUUGAAGCAAUCUAUAUUUUGAAAUGUUGGACGCAUCUCUGAUUUUGUGGAUUGAAACGUACAGCGUGACGCUGGUGCACUUGUUCAACAACGCUCAUUUUUCUCCAAAACGGCCUUUUCUCACAAAGUUUGACCUAUACACCUGAAGUUUAUGAAUAAUUUUGAUGUAUAGGGAUAUUAACGUGCUCUUGUAUGGUUAAAACAUGAGAUGUUGCCGAAACGAUAACUUGCAUUGCUGCAUGUGAAUGUUACGCGUGACGGCCCUAUAAUUGUGCACGUUUUUCAAAACAUCAUGUCCUUAAAAUUUAGAAUUCAAUACAAAUGCAUUAUUUUUGGCAGACUUGUAGUUCAUUAACAUGUCGUUAUUCUUUGUGCCAAGGGACAGCUCUGUAGCUGUAAAAUGUUUGGAGAUUAUUGUAAUUCAUAUGCCUAACUUCGCUCGUACAAGUGAACCGUGCUACUGAUCAAUGUAAGCAUUUAUUUUGUGCUGUUUGGACUUAAGUUCAUCUGUUUGGGUGUGCAUUGUAAUUCCCCAACUCAAUAUCAUGCUAAAGAUAGAGGUAUAACGUGAGUGGAUUUCUUUGUUUGAGGUUUCUUUGAGGUACAUUGGGAUUCGCAUGCUCAUUUGAUCAGUGCACCGUUUUUGCUUCAAGGCAGUGUCUAUUUUCAGGGUUGUCACUAAAAAUUCAAGUUGCCGGGUAUUUGUUGUUAGUAGCCGGAGAAGUCGCAAGCAGUCAUGGAGCCCCUUCCCCCACCCCCCUUCCCCAAGAAGGUUUUGAAGUGUAGCUUUUACCGUUUUCGAAAAGGCACUACCGCGCCAAAAAAGCAAUCUUCAUCAAGAGUACAGCUAUCAUUAGCGGUUUUAUGAUGAUCACGUCUUUAUUAAAGAAAACUACAACAUUCUGAGACACUAUAGUUAAAUUACUUUACGUAAAGGCUCGUUGGAGGAUUUUUUAGUGGCCGCCAAAUGGGAAUAUACAUGUAAGCACCGGGCCGGAAAAAAAUGACAGGUUGGCACCGGUCAAGUUAUCUACGCAGUGUUAUCCUCACGCAGACAGGGCGCAUGCUAGCCAGUGAAGUGUUAAAUCACAACGAUACUUUACAAAUGUUAAAAAUGUUGAAAGGACAAUCGAUUCUUAUACGGUGCAAAUGAAUUAAUAUGCGCUGUAAAAUCAAUUGUAAAUGCACAUUUAGACCCUGUUUACAUUGAGUGGGGGACCCCGGUCUAGUGGGGUAGGUUUCUUUUCUUUUGUGUCCCCCAGAGCGUGAAAACAAAAGAAACGAACCCCACUAGACCGUGGUCCCCCACUCCAUGUAAACAGGCCCUUUAAGUUAUACGUAAGAAGUGAAACUAAUAUUGCAAAUGAAUUAACCCACGCAGAAGCGGAAAGAAGAAAAGCGGAGGAUGAAUGUACGAAAAAGCAUCAUAAACAUAAGGUUACUAUGGCUUGUUGAAAAAUAAAAGUAUGAUAAGGCUAAAACAAGUGUAACGCACGAAAACUCGCGGGAUAAAAUAUGGCGAAACUAAACUGCACAACUGGUAACAUUAGUGGUCUCGAAUUUAUGAACGAAACAUCACUUAACAUAGGAAGAAACUGACCUACGGAAAAGCGUUUAAACGACAGGGCUAAUACUUUAGAAACGCUGACAUGUCAAAACGAGACUCAAGGAGAAGAAUGUAAAAGUAAUGCUAAUACUUAACUUCCCUUUUAUAUAUAACUUCUUGGAAGUAGAACUAAGAGCAUGUGAUCAUGGCCUGCGGACAAUGAUCGAAUAUUUCCCGUUGACCGUGCGUUAUUUUAUAUACUCGAUAUCUAAAGCUAAAUGUAGACCUGGUCACUUAAAUGUCCACAUUUUAAACAUGGUAAUCAGUCAUAGUCUUCAUCUUCAAAGCCUUCAUCAUAAUCCUCAUUAUCAUCAACAUCAGCAUCAGGGAGAUUUAACCCUCAUCUGCUCCGGUCUUUCAUCGUGAACAAAGAGUGCAGAAUCCUUUGCCACUUCUUCGACAUGUUCAACACAACAGUUGAAACUUAUAGGGACUUUUAGCAUCGACAAAGGUGACGGCAGCGAAAACGUCACUUUUAAAAAUGAAUUGGCGUUUUUUCCAACUUUGUCGCGUUUAUUUCAAUUCGCUGAAAAUAUAGCUAAUGUAGGCCAGUUUCCCUGGAGUUGAUUUCUUUGGGCGCACUCAAGUUUAGAAAGAGAAAGAAAAGUUUGUCGUCGCUUGUUUUAGGUCCUCCAUAAAACGUGAAACUAGGCAUUUUCACGUCGUAGUCGUGCAGUAACGGCAAAGAAAUGUACAAAAAAGUGUGAUGCACGUGCAAACUAGUUGUUUUGCUCAAUAAACCUAUUGCUUUUUUGACGUUCUCAUUGCCGUCGCCGUCGUCGUUGCUAAAACUCCCUACUGACAUUUCGCGAACGGAGUGUUUUCGCGCGGGUGUACUACUACCAAAUCUAAGUCAGAUGUCUUUUUGCGAUGUUUCUUAGUUUUUGCACGCGAGUAUUUCAGAAUUUUACUUAAACCUGCUGCAGAUGAAACUCGCAUUUAGUUUGAUGGAUAGUCUUUGCGUGUUUCAAAAGUGUGCUCUUUUGGUUUUAUUUAACGACGAAAGUAGCCGGGGGCCAUGCUCUGAGUAGCCGGGGGAAAUCCCCGGCCCCCGGCCCUUAGUGACAACCCUGAAUUUUUCAGUGCAUAACUGUUAGUUAUUACUUGUAAUCAAAUUACAAUCCGAGCCUUCUCAUUUUCCCUAGAGAGGAUUAUCACCUCUCACUAUCCUGGGGGAUUAUCACCCCCAAGAGAGGAUUAUCACCUCUCACUAUAAACUCCUCUCCCAGGGAAUUGUUACCCCAAAUAGGAAGUGGAGUGUAGGAUUGCAACUCCUCUGAAUCUACCAAGGACCUUUUUUCAGGGGAUUGGUAAACCUGGCAAGGAGUGAACACCUUUUUCUGGGUGUGAUUGCAGCCCUAAUAAGUGUGCAUGUUGUUGCAUAAAGUCUGUUCCUAACUCCUUGCCUUAUGCCACAUACUGUUGUUAUUGUUUCAGUAAUUGGGUCGAAACCAUAAAUAAUACAGUUACUUUUAGUAGCUUACAAACAACAACCAUGAGCAUGUGUAUUCUGAUUUAUCGAUAAGGAUGUUUAAAAUUUUCUCAAUAUGGAUUGGGUUCUCAGUAUCUGACCCUGACUUGAUAGAUACACCAGUUGCAUCUAGUUUGUGUAAUUAGUCAAUUAAUUGUGCUUAAUUUCCAGACUGAUCCUUUGUUUUGUUCUCUGUUAUUGCAUAUCUCCUCAUCUGCAGUGGAGGAAGUCUUAGGCUCCUGACCAACACGUUGCUGUUCCUGGUUAAGUCCUCAGCUGAUACCUAAUUGACCGGACAUUUGCCCAGUCUAAUUUUAUACGCAAUGUUUCAAGUACCACGUGACCAUUGUUUCAAAUGACAUUUGACUCUGGAAAUAGCCCUACAAUAACUGUUGUUCGUCUAUGGGGAAUACCCCUUUGGGGUAUUUGUGGGGAUGAAGUGCUCCCAUACAGGUCACACUUUGCCCCAUAGACUCUUGUUACUCCUUAAACCGGGGAAUUAGACAUCUAGAGAGGUCUUUCCACCUCUCCAGUACCCAAGGGGGAUUAUCACCUCCACUCACAACCUUGGGAGAUUAUCAACCCUUAGAGAGGAUUAUCACCUCUCACUAUCCUGGGUCUCUCACAAUCCUGGGGGAUUAUCACCCCCUAGAGAGGAUUAUCACCUCUCCCUUUGUAGAUUUCGGACUGUUAGACCAAUACCCGUGCGGAACAUGCAGAUCUGCAGACUGGUCUGUUUUUCGUCUGCUCAACCGUCUUCAGCAGGCCUGCAGAUCACUUGCCUGAAAUGUCUGCAGUUAGUAUGCAGUUGGUCUGUAUUAAGUGUGCAGUUCGAUUUUAUUUAGUCACGGAAAGGUGAACACAAAAAGUGGAUCGGUUCUAAAAGUAUCCCUUCACUGUCAGUGAGCUGCAAGUGAAAAGGUGAAUGACAGACCUUUAGGUCUGCACAUUGACUGCAGCAAAGUGAAUGGAGUAUUAGAUGUCAGCUAAAAAUAUACGAAGAAAACAACACGCUGCAAGCCAAAAGGUGACCUAAAGGUGACCUUUAUUUUGAAUGGAAAGAGGCAUCGAGAGAGUAACUUAAAAUUAUCUUUUUCAAAAAUAAAGAGAAUAACAGCGAUUGCUCUUAUACAUAAAGUUUACACGGACAGCAGGCAAAUGAUAUUUUGAUUCGUUGCAACGGGCUAAGCUGGACAUUGCUCACCUUGACGUUUUGUCCAUGAUCCACGAUCUUCUACACUUUUUGCAUGAAAGUAAUCAACCCAAUUUUACUUUGGUCGUCGUUAAAUUUUACAAAGGACUAAGGACCGAACAUUACCAAGAGCGUAUAAGAAUCUUGUAAGUGCGAAUUACCCCAUCUGAGAUUCUUGUAUCUGUGUUGCUUGCUCUGGUUCGAUUCGUCGAUACUUAGCGUAGAAGUCACUGUUCAGUACGGUGGCCCAAAAGGCUCAAACACAAAUCAAUUUCCCAAAACACAAAUAUGUUUUCCAAAACACAAAUUAAUUUCCCAGAACACAAAUAUGUUUUCCAAAACGCAAAUCAAUUUCCCAAAACACAAAUCAAUUUCAAAAGACUGGGCACUACAUUAUUAUGAACGAGAUGGCCUGGAAAGAAGAGUGACGAACUCGGGUCCAGGGUCUUUCGCGUCCAAUAAGGCGACUAAAUGUCACUCGUGCAACUUUGUGUCCCUUUAGUCCUAUUAAGAUGUUUUGCGGUCAUUGCGGCAGUGUUGUGAAGGAUACUUUUAAAUUUUGCGUAAAGUGUGGAAAUUCUACGUCCAAUAACACUGACCAGUGGUAGGAAAGGGAGAGCUGAGUGUGCUACAUCUGGAAUUGCCACAUCUGAUUUAACCUUAAUUUCUUCUAAGCCUGUUCCUACUAUGGACACCUUUAUGAACGAUAAAAAAGAAGAGAGAAAGUCGCACUUAAAAAAAAAGAGCAAGAAGACUAAGAGGAUGACUGAGAAAGAAGACCCACCUGUAACCGUCAACAUUGGCAUCAUGCGAUAUAUUGAAGAGGAAAAUAUGCUCAAGCCCCAAAGAGGCAAAUCUCUUCCUGUAAGAAUUGGUAGAACAGCGGAUGGGGAGGAGCUAUUAAAGUUAGCAGUAGCAAAGCACUCGAAGCAUAAUGCUAAUGAAAUUACUCAUAGCUCUCCUUUGGCCUACAAAUUGCUGUACCCAGACGGGAUAGAAGUAAAUAAACUUAGAGAAUCCGACCAAGCAUUCAGCUUACAAGAAUAUAAAGCUGAACUGGGUAAACCGUACAACAGGAUAACAUUUUAUCUUUGUUCUUCAUCAGAUUACUAUGAUCAUAGUUUCAAAGGUUUUGCUGACACAAUUUCUGAUGAUGGAGACGACAAGAAUGACAGUGACAAGGAUUCUGAAGACCUAAGUGAACCAACACAAACAAAAAUAACCAAGUACACUGACACUGGCUUUGCUAAGACAACCACCACUGUUAAAGCAUCAGAUGCAAACUCUGUUUCUGUUAAACCUGGUUCUUAUAUUGCAACUAGCCUAUCUGAUCCUUUCAACAAGUGAUAUACCCACCUCUCUUCUUGGUAGUUCAUCUUCUGGUUCAUGUACUACUACAGCAUGUAACAGUUCUGGAUUUGAAACACUCAAAGAAAUCAUUAUGAACAUGAGAAGCUGACUGCUGAGGUUGUUGAUAAUCAGUUUCAGUGUGUCUUUAGCGUGGAAGGAAGUAACAAACGUGCUAAGGAGGAAGCUAUAGCCUUUAACUUUACACAUUACCUUGAGGAUGUUGAAGAAGGUUUGAUUACCACCACAGUCCUAGAUCCUGAGACAGAUGAAAUUCACACCAGUAAAGUUGAACUUGCACAUGUUCUUCAGUUUGUUACUGGAUGCCCUGCCUUACCUGUCACUGGAUCUGACACAAAUCUAACUAUUGUUUUUGAUCAUGAAGAGAUCCAGAGGAAACUUUCAGCAAACACCUGUUCCUGUACCCUUAACAUUCCAGUUUGUGAUUUGCUUGCCAGUUAUGAGGCUUUUAAAAGUGAGUUCACAGAGUGCAUCUUCAGUUCACCUGGUUUUGGUAAAGUGUGAAUCAAGUAGCAGUUGACUUUUGUAUUUGUCGGUCUGGAUGAACCCGAUUAUAUAAUGUUAAAUUUUAACAAACAUCAUUAAUAAGCUUCAUGACUUUAACAGCAUGCAUACAUGUACCCAAGCAUAGUAUUUCUGUCUGUUUUGCAAAAGUCCAUGCUGCCUAUUUUGCAGAAGAGUUAAGUUUCACUUUCAAUGGAACUAUGAAUGGGAAAGGUUUUUGGAGCAAAUAAUUUUUAUAGAUGUAAGAGACGAUCAAAUGUAUCAUUAAGAUGCCAGUGUUUGUUAGACAACCCUUGGCUUCUGAGUUGUGUUCCUAUUUGCAUAUGCUGUUCUACUUGUUAUGCUUUGUUAGGUUAGUAUUCUUGUGCAUUUGAGACUGGGACUUAAGAGCACAGUUGGCAAUGUCAUAAAAAUAUGACUUUGGAAUUGUAGUGUGUAUAUCCAUUUGGCAAGAGUUAUUUGGACAUUUGUCAAUCAAAUUGAAUUUUAUUUGGUGUCUUAGCAGACAAUAUGCACAAAUGACAUUCUACAAACUGGUCAUAGAAAUCUUUAAACAGUACAAAUGUUUGUAAAAUUUGCCUAGUAUCUGCUAAAAUGGCAAAUGAAACUCACUGUAUCUAUCCUACUGCACCAUAGUUGUUUGGUCUCUUGUCUAUGGUGUUGUGAAGUGACACAGUAAAUAAAUACAAUCUAUGUCUGAGUCAGACUUCUUGUGUAGGUGAAGUUAUACAUAUACUAGUUCUUACUGUUGUGUCAGUGUCUUUGAAAAAGUCAAUUUUAAGAUGGCAUUGUGAACCUGCAAAAAGCUCAUGCCAGGAGAGAACAGUUGUGGUUUAGUUCAUUUGGAGUACCAGUACAGAUCAGACAUGCACUCUUUUCACUUGUCAACUGACUAUAUUGUUAAAUAAUGUUCUGGUUAUUUGAUCUGUUAUAGAUAACAAUGUUCCAAUAUUUUUUGUAUUGGAUGGUUUUUGCAUUCCAUGAUUGUGACAACAUUUUUAUCAGGUUAAUCAAGAAACAUUUUAUUGUGAUAAUUGGAGAAUCAUAUUUCCUUUUGCAUUCAUGAUGAGUGGAGUAAUGCACAUGUAUUUUGUUUAGGACUCUGACCAUUACAGAAUCAUUUUUUAUCUUUGCUGUAGUUGCUCCAAUUGUUGGUUAUUGCUUGACAAUUCUCUUUGAAAAAUGUUUUGAAUGCAUGUUGUUGUUAUUGAUGACAAUUAUAAUACCAGAUGUCAUUAUCAAUAAAGUGGUGACAUUACGUGUUUAUCAGGGCUGAAGUGUAUUGAAUAGUGUAGAAGUCCAGGAGUUAGUUUGGUUGUUUUUUAUUUCCUCCUUGAAAAUUUUAAGAAUCAUUCUCUUCAUUUGACAUUUUCGAGUAAAACUUGUUUUAUUAAAGAGAAAACUCUAUUCAUCAAAAUGCUGUAAGCAAUCUGCAGCAUACAGAAUUCAUGGAGACGAAUGAAUUACAAAUUUAUAACAAUGGUUUAUAGUGAUACUGUGAACUUAAUAAGCUACUUGUCCUUCACUUUUUCAUUAACUGUUAUAAGAUCACUGGUCUCUGUCAACUGUGGACCAGAAUCGAAUAGCUCCUACACUGCAACUCUUAUUAAAUAAGAAAACAGGCUCAAAGCUUCCUUCCAGUUAGAGGGCUUCGAAACAUUAAGGAGGGACAAAACAUGAUUAAAGUACUCCUGAAAAUCGUUGUUAAAAUCUGUUGCUUUACAUUUCAGCCUUGCUUCAUCAAGCUUUUCAGGGGACACUGGGUGUAAGUGGUUUGAAGCUCCAAAGUUUUCUGGAAGAUAAUAGAGUUCCUCUGGUUUCCCAGGAACUGUUUCAUGCCUUGAAUGCCGAAUGUAGUGUGUAUUCCAGUGAAACUUCACAAAGUCUAGAUCAUGCUGGAUUAAUUCUGCAAAGCAAAACCAUAUGCACUCCCCAUGGAGCACAUCACCAGUCAGAAAUAUCCCACGAUCCACAAGGUCUUUAAAAAAGUUGAUCCACCACGUUAGACGACUACGGCGAAGAUGGGCCCACCAGGCCUCUAUUCUUUGAUAAUAAUAAUAAUAAUAACUUUAUUUCUAUAGCGCUCUUAUCCUAUGUUCAAGGCGCUUUACAGUCAUGUAAACAACAUUAUUGAAAAAUAUUUACAAAUUUACAACCAUAUCCUAAUAUAUUUACAAUGGAUAAAAAAGGAAAAAAUUAAAACUAAAAAAACUAUUAAACCAUAUUCAUAAUGAUAAAAAAAGGGAUAAAAUUAAAACUAACGCAAUAUAUACAAAUCUAUAAAAACAAUGAUCCGUUAUCACUGAAUUUAGUAAACAAGCACGUCUUAAGUGAUCUUUUAAAACUCGAGAUGGUGUUGGACUUCCGAAUUUCAUAGGGUAUUAAGUUCCAUUCUCUUGGUGCGUGAACAGCGAAUGCUCCAUCUCCAUAGGUCUUGGUAUACGAUCUAGGUUGCAUUAAAAGUUCAUUACUAACAGACCUCAAUGAUCUAGAAUGAGAACGAUAAUGUAGUUUUUGAGCUAAAUAGCUAGGCGAUGUCCCAUUCAGUGAUUUAUACACGACGAGCAGAAUCUUGAAAAUAAUACGAUAUUGAAUCGGUAGCCAGUGAAGCGCACACAAAACAGGUGUGAUAUGCUGAAACUUGCUCACUUGCAACACAACUCUAGCCGCCGUGUUUUGUACAUACUGCAAUCUUUGUAACUGAUACUUAGGUAGGCCGUAUAAUAAUGCAUUACAGUAAUCUAGUUUCGAUGUGACAAAUGCAUGAACAGCAACUUCUGCUGAUUCUUUAGUGAAAUACUUCCUAAUUCUAGAUAGGUUCCUGAGAUGACAAAAUGAUGAUCUACAGAUGCUAGACACAUGUGCAUGAAAAGACAUGUGCUCAUCAAAGAUAACACCAAGACUCCUAGCCGACUGAGAGGCAGCCACGCUGUCAUCACCAACACAUAAGGACUGAAAGGAUGGAGAGGGACGAUGCUUUGAGUGGAUAAGCAUGACCUCCGUCUUGUCGUGGUUUAGCUUCAAUUCGUUGAGAUCCAUCCAGCGACAUAUUGCAGAAAUGCAGUUCUCGACCCUCGAUUUACCAGCGUCCACAUCCACCAAUUUGAAUGCAAAGUAUAACUGAGUAUCGUCGGCGAAUAGAUGAUAAUCUAAGCCAUAAGAUCUUAUCACUUUAGCAAGUGGCGCAGUAUACAGAAGGUAGAGAACAGGUCCAAGAACUGAACCUUGAGGAACACCCACGGGAAGAUCUCGUACCGUAGAAUUCGCCUCAUUGAUGUUUACAAACUGAGUUCUUUGAGACAGAUAAGAAUCGAACCAUUGCAGUACAGUUCCUCUGAUACCAAAUGAUUUCUACAGUCGUGCCAGCAGCAAGGCAUGGUUAACGGUAUCAAAUGCUGCCGACAGAUCCAAUAAAACAAGGAAAACAUUCUCGCCCUUGAUUUCCAGUAGAAGGACCAUAACGGUGUGAUUUUUCACCAGCUAACUCAUCAUCACAGUCAGCUCUUAAAAAACACUGUGUACCUGCAAUUGCUACAUUCUCUGUUCCGCAGUCUGUUCGGAGUAAUGAAGGACGUCCACCGACCUCCACAACGCAAUCUAAAAAAAACUUUGCCGUUAUUUCUGGAUCAUUAUUGGUUCUAUCUACCUUAAGCCACAUUACCAUGCGACUUUAGCCAUCAACAGCCCCAUGGAUGGGAAAUCCGAAAGGUUUCAGUUUAUCAUAACCAUCAACAUGCCAACAAUAAUUUGGUCCAGGAGACUCAUACUUCCUUCUUUUUAGCCUGUGGCGCUUCCUCUCUUCCACUCCAGCUGGGUCUAUCGUUCUGAUCAGGGAUUCUACCUUUUGCCUUGGGACAAACAGCCCAUACUUUGUACGAAGCAUAUGCCAAACUGCUCUGUAACCACAAAUGCCUCCUGGGCCAUCCAUCUCGUCUCGGAUUAAUUUCUCAACGGCAGGCAAAUUUAUAUCCACUUUAUUCCUUUUAAGGUUGUAUUCACAUAACCUUCUUUUCAAUGUUGACAUAGACAUAGGCAUGUCAUGGUACUUGUCAAGGAAGAGUAGAAUAACCCUGUAACUGAACCCACUAUAAAAGUAAGCCUCUAUUGCUUCUUUCUCGGUCACGUUUUCAGCUGAUAAUAAUAGCCUAACAGAAGGUAUAGCAGUGUCUAGCUUGGUUCCACACUGAAAGCAGUACAAAUAUUCAUCUAAAACUUGUUGGCCGCAGCUUUGGCAGAACAUUUUUCACGUUAACACCUGGUUAAAACAAUCAAAAUACAGCCCGUUCAGAUAGUCGCCAUAUUGGAUGCGAAAGACCCUGGGCCCGAGUUCGUCACUCUGCUUUCCAGGCUAUCUCGUUCAUAUUAAGGUAGUGCCCAGUCUUUUGGCUCGAAAACUGAUAAGUGAUUCGUGAAAUUGAUUUGUGUUUUGGAAAAUUGAUUUGUGUUUUGGAAAAUCAAUUUGUGUUUUGGGAAAUUGAUUUGUGUUUUGGGAAACUGAUUUGUGUUUUGGGAAAUUGAUUUGUGUUUGAGCCUUUUGGGCCACCGUAGUUCAGUGCGUUGUUUGCAAAUACGUUUGAGCUGUUCCAUCCAAAAACUUCAACAGAACUUCCAUCUCGAAACAGAACUAGAUGCAAAAACACUUAGAAUGUUUGCGCCUUUCAUUCAACGGUCGCAAAUGUUUGGGAUCCCGUGUUUGUCUAGAGAUGUAAUGGGAUCUCAUGUAAAAGGACCGACCAAUUAGAUCACGGCGUAGAAUGUCUCCAGGGAAUUAGCGAUAACAUUCCCACACUUGCCGGUCACGGAAUAAAAUUUAUUGAAAGCAUAGAAUUUGACGGUUUAUUCAAUAAGUGAUCUUCCUUGAGCACAAGCUUACUCACAUUUCUUAGAGGUACAGUCAACGUUUUCGCGUUAUAAAAGCCGUAAUCUGUGCCAAGGCUUUAUCUGGCGAUUCAUGUUAUUGGCGCUCAAGAAAGUCAGAUCGACCGCAGCUGAAUUGUAGCGACGUUACUGCAGCUACUUCGCAGCGUUUGAAAGUCGGCAACUGCGCUGCAAAACCGCUGCCGAGAGCUUCAAAGAACCUUCAAAGGCUGCACAGCGCUUUUGCAGCCCGCUGCAACUUGAAUGAAGCUGCUGUUUGGCUUCUAAAAGGCUGCUGAACAGCUGUAAUUUAGCUGUACAGCUAUUUUGAAGCGAUUUUGUGGCGCUGUACAGCGCCGCAAGUUUCGUGCGGGUGGUUGUCUGCACAGCGUCUGCUGCAGAUCAAGUGCAGACAUAAUAAUAGAUCCUUAUUGCAUAAUCACCAAAAGUCACGAAAGGUCUGCAACAGACUUGCUGCAAACAAGAUAAAAGGCAACACACAGUCAAAGAAGAAGUCAUUUUCAUGAGAUGUCUGUCACAGACAGUAUGCAGACUUGCAGACUUCAGUUUUGCGUCAAAUUGGUCUGCUGUAUGACUGAACAGACCUGUGACAGACCUGAGAAAGGCCUUCGGCAGAUCUGCAAGUUACGUACGGGUAUGUAGAGAAAAGUGACCUGCUGUCCAUAUUUGGAGUACUUCAUCCCUUACCCCUUUUCCCCACAAUAAUUCUGGUCUAGUUUACUUGCUUUUAUCUAAGGGGUUAUGGGUUAAGAGCAUUAAAGCAAAUUUAUGCAACAGGAUAAAUUAAAGUUAAUGUGAUAACCAUAAACCCGCCUUUACCAGUAAUGGAACCGGCUCACUUCCUUUUAGGGGUUACUUCCUGCAUGUGACCCCUGUCACACUAAUUGUUUCGCUCACAUGAACAGUUGAUGCCUAUAUUUUCGCGCCUAGCUCAGCAAAAUAGGACUUCAUAUUCUUCUCUUCGUCGAACAAAAUCCCAUCCCACCCUCCCUUAUCACUGUUUGAUUCUGUCUGCUGGUUUUCCUAAGGUUUUGUUCUCUUGCUUAAAAGUUAAGAAGCUCCUUAUACUUUUUGCAGUCAUAAGAACUACUGAUCUUUGUUGUGUAUACUUUGAACCAAUUGGCAAUUAUCAAGAAGAUAUGGCAGAAAAGAGGUGAGGUUUCUGCUGAGGGGAAUCAUUCUACCAGGCAUCUCAACAUGCUUGUGCACUUAGUUACUUUUGCCCUUAUUUUGAUUAUUAAGUUGAUAAAAGUUUAAUUGUCAUUUACUUACAACUUGUAUUAUUAUAUUUUCGUCUAACCUCUCUCCCUCGAGGUUCAUGUUAAGUGUCUGGCUCUGCUUUCGGGAGGGUUCAGGUUUCCCUCAAAAAUAAUUGAGGGUUUUUCCUGACGGGCAGCAGACACGCAUUUCUAACUUAAAUUAGUGAUGAUAUCUGUAUUGAGAGUUGUUGGCAAUUAAUAAACAUAGGUUCGGGAUGAAGUGCACCCAUACAGGUCACACUUUGCCCCAUAGAUUCUUGUUACUCCUUAAACCAGGGAAUUAGACAUCUAGAGAGGUCUUUCCACCUCUCCAGUACCCAAGGGGGAUUAUCACCUCCACUCACAACCUUGGGGGAUUAUCAACCCCUAGAGAGGAUUAUCACCUCUCACUAUCCUGGGGGAUUAUCACCCCCUAGAGAGGAUUAUCACCUCUCACUAACCUGGGGGAUUGUCACCCCCUACAGAGGAUUAUCCUCUCUCACAAUCCUGGGGGAUUAUCACCCCCUAGAGAGGAUUAUUACCUCUCCCUUUGUAGAUUUUGGACUGUUACACCAAUAUGUAGAGAAAAGUGACCUGCUGUCCAUAUUUGGAGUACUUCAUCCCUUACCCCUUUUCCCCACAAUAAUUCUGGUCUAGUUUGCUUGCUUUUAUCUAAGGGGUUAUGGGUUAAGAGCAUUAAUGAGUAGCUAAGUGCCAUGUCACUCAAAAGCUUGGAAAUUCAAGCACCCUCUAUCAAUCACCAAACAAAGUUUAACCCUUUCAAACCAAAAAUUUGUAUAAAUGAAGGUGUUAAGCUGCUGUAUUACAGUGUACAUUGUACAUGUACCUCAUGGAAUUAAACACUCAUCAGACUCAAAUUUUGAAUUUUGGUGACAUCAUGUGAAAACCGAGAAUUAAGGUUCUUAUAAUGUUUCUUAAUUUAUUAAGAAAGAAAGCUUUGGUUGCUGGAAGAAUUGUUCACAGGAACCUUUUGAGGCUUAACUUGGAAAAAUGCAAGUUCUUUAUAUUAUUAUUAUUAUUAUUAGAAUUUAUGCCAUUUUUGUACUGAAAAAGUCUCUGAAAAAGGGAGAGAAAGAGAGGAGUCAGCACUACGUAUACAGUGUAGCAUAAGCAAGGGUAAAUGUUUUACAGAUUUGAUUGUGUAUUUUGUCUUAGGUCAAACAGAUUCACAGACACCAAGAGCACCUGCAUGGAGGCUCAUACCUGCUGCCAUAGAAAUGGCUGUGGAGGGAAGGAAUAAAACUUUGUAUUGUCUUGCAGUGGGAAGGUUAGUGCUUAAUAUUAUUUUGGAUGAACAAUUUUGAUACUGAAUUCUUUUCAUUUAAGUCAAUAUCAGUGGUAGUACUGAAUAUUGGAUGGGUUUGUGUUCAGAAAAAUUAGGGAUCCAAUUUUUUGGGGGUUAACCCUGGAGGCUCGAUCUCAAUGCAAAUACAUUCCUUAAACAGCCAACUUCUUCUUACACCCAUUCAUUAAAAUUUGGUAUCUGGUCAUUAUCUCGUUACUUACAGACCUGCGCCAACGAUAACUUGGAAAAUGCAGGACAAAAGUGGAAACUGGCAAAACCUUGUACAUGGACAAGAUAGUUUUGAGAUUGCUACUGCUUUCCAAGGAAGACUGCUUAACAUUAUAUCCGUUAACAAGAGCAUGCAUGAGACCAAUUACCGUUGUGAGGCUGAGAAUUCUCAAAGUGGGGGAAACCCCUUGGUCCAUGAUAUACAGCUGAAUGUUGAAGGUAAAUGUCUUUAGUGUCGUCUCAAUCUCAUGCACCGAUCCUUUCAAUGAUCAAAUUAAGCACGUCAAUCUUACUGUCACACUAAAUCACCGCCUGGUUAGCUUAGUUGGGAGAGUGCUGGUCUGCCGAGUGGUGAGUCAUUGGUUCAAACUCUGGCUGGACCAACACUCAGGGUCUUUAAAUAACUGAGAUGAAAGUGCUACCUUUGUAAUGACCUCUGCAAACGGUUUUUUUUUUUCUAGGCCUCUUGGAUAAGGAUGAAAAACAGUAUGUUCCAUCUCAAAGCACUUUCACUUAUCCAGUUCUUUUUUUAGCGUGAUGUAAAACCAGAAUCCACACCACUGUUCGAAAAGAGUAGGGGACGUAGAACCCAGUGGUGUGGCAAAGCUUUCCUGGGGUGGGUUGGUGUCUGUAAGGACUGAUCUUAAUAAUACACUGUAGGGAUGUCAUAAUAAUGUACAAUAUUUAUAGAGCGCUAAUUCCCAAUGGUCCAAAUUGGUACCUUAACAGCAGUGAUUUUGUUACCUCUGCGUCCUGCAUCCCUGAUGCAUAAAAAUCCCCAAAGACAUAUUUUUCCUUGAAAGGUCCUUAAAUUUCUGUGCAAAUCCUUGAAAAGUCAUUGAAUUGUCUUUAACUUUAACCUUAGUGGCCCGGAAAGUGUUUUUUGACGCUUUUUGGUUGUCUAAGACAAUAUAAAACAUCGCUCAGAGAAUUUAAAGGUCAUUUACAUAAAGCAGUCUUUGUUUUACGCACUAAUUAACUAUCAAAUUAAGACAAGUGAACUGAAAAAUGUAGACAAGUUGGUAAAGCAAACAGUUCAAGCCUUGAACUCUUGUUCGAACAGACUGGGUAUGUGCCUGUUUGUACAAUCUGUGAACGUAUAUAUUCCUGGUCCUUGAAAUCGAAUGUGGACCUUAAGAAGUCUUUUUAAAGUCCUUGAAAAAUGGUUGCAAUGUUUUGUAUGAACCUUGUAACAUGCAGACAUUUUUAUUUUGACUGGGGCAUAAUUAUUUUAAAGAAACGUCAGUUGGUGGUGAUACAGUGCAACUGAUUAUUUGAUUGAUUCGCUUUGCAGUUGCUCCAAAGUUUAUAGCAUGGCCUCCGCAACAAGUUAAAAUUGAUGUUUAUGGCAAUGGCAGCUUAACAUGCGAUGUAUCUGCAGACCCUUCGCCAUCUUUUAAGUGGUACAAGGAUGGAAAACAACUCACAACAUCAACGUAAGUUUUGUAACAAUUGUUUCUCUUAGUACACGCUUUGUGAAUUGGUAAAUGUAAAGGCCACACCCUGUCUUUAUUCUCACACGUUGUUAUGAGUGCUAACUUUUUAUUUUUUCUAGAUUUCAUUUGAAGAGUCAGGGAAAAAUUUAGAGCUCUCAAGAAUCAUUUGAAUGCAUAAGAAUAUCAUGUAAUUUAAUACUCUACACAUCCUAGUUGAACUAAACGUUUUGCACUGGAAAGUUAUAAUUCAGUCUAGGUUGCAUUUGGAAGUUAUUUGUAUGACGUUCAUAACUUGAAUAUAAAGAGAUAAAAAUAAUAAUACAUUGUGUGAAGGCAUGAAAAAAAAAUGUUUUCUCCUGCACCAAAAAGCUGAAGAAAAUGUGAAGUGCAAGGAGAAAGCAAAUUAUUUAGAGGUCAACGGUCAAAUUGGGAAAGGUUCUACUACUGUUGUUGUUUUUGUUGUCCAAGUUGGUAGCAAUCCCAAGAAAGAAGCUAAAAAGUCCCAGGAGGCGUGAUGACAAGUAUAUUUGCACUCAUCAGAAAACUCAAUUUAAACUUGACAUAAUCUGCGAAAACGACCGUUUCUCCUCGAUUUUCGCCGCUGAGGACGUUUCGCGAGGAAUAACGUCUGCGACUCAGCCACAGAAAUUCCGUACUGAUGACGUAAAAUUGUUUACGAAUGACAGGCAAAAGACAAAAGGCAAUACAAAAGGCCACGAAGGUCAAAUGUAAACGCGAUGAAUCUCUAACAAAACAGUCAAAACUGGUGGAACAUAUUCUUCCCUAGAAGAAGCUUUUGAGUUUUGCUGGAGCUCGUUCGCAGAUGAACACCACACUUUAGUAAAAUCGACCAGGAGAAACGUAAAAUUGAACAAAUUUGGUCGGGGAACCCCAUGACUACCGGAUAUAUUAUGUAAACAUUGAUUUACGUCAUCAGUAUGGAAUUUCUGUCGCUGAGUCGCAGACGUUCCUCCACGCGAAGCGUUCCUAGCGGCGAAGAGCGAUGAGAAACGGCUGUUUUCGCAGGCUAAACUUGGCAGUGUUACACAUAAACCUCUCCUCCCUUGCCCCUCUUUUAUUGCUAGUCGCAGGUACGGUUUCAGUACGUUACUUACCACGGAAAUAGAGGAUAUUACAUGGCCGCGCGGAGAUACGAAAUUUCUCUUCGAGUGUUGAAUUAUUUCGCGAGUGAGCGCAGCGAACAAGUGAAAUAUUUUUCAGCACGAGAAGAGAAAUUUCGUAUCUGCAAGCGGCCAUAAACACCCAACCUUUUUCACUUUAUUAGUUUUUGCUGUGAAAGGCGCGAUUUAUUACUUGUUAUUUUCACACGUGAAGGUAUCAUGUUUUCGCGCGAAAGCUCACUUGGUAUUUUAUUGGUGUUUAUACAAUAAAAUGUUGUAUUUCACAGUGUGCAUGUAAUAUUCAGUGGCAACAAGUUGGUUUUUAAGAAUGUAAGGAAACCGAAUGAAACUGGAAUUUAUCAAUGUGUGGCGGAGAAUCAACAUGGAAUGAUCGUGUCUUCCACGUAUGUCAAAGUUCGAGGUAAACACUUGGAAAAUUGCAUAAAUAGUAAAAUUUCCACUCUAAUACUGGCGUGUUAGAUAAGGAAAACUUAACAUUGCAACUUUUGUAUAAGACGAGGAAUACUAAACUUUGCUUGGAUGCAGGGAAAACAAACAAACAAACCGCAAACAAAAAAGGUUGAGAUCACCGCACAAACUUAUGUAAUAAACACUGCCUUUUGCGCGUUUUGAGUCUGCUAGUAUUUUCCUGAAGGGUAAAAUUUCUCACACGCGAAUUUUUCUUUUAGCAGCCAUAAAACCAUCUUUCGCGGAGUCCGGAUUUGGUCCAUUCUACUUGUUCAAAGGCACUGAAGGACGAUUGAAGUGUAAUCCAGAGGCAGCUCCACGGCCAACUAAAGACCAAUAUAAAUGGUAUAAAGGAACCACUCUACUGACGUCAUCAUCACCCUACAGAAUAGAGUAUGGGGAAUACAGUACAUUGAUAGUCGACAACGUUGACAAGGAUCGAGACGAGGGUCUUUACAAAUGUUUUGCAGAGAACUUCUUGGGCAACGAUGAGGCAACAGGAACAGCUACAGUUCUUGGUGAGAAUGUCAUGAUGUAUCGUUUCGAUACAAAGUCGUUUCGAUACAAGUCGUUUCGCGAAUAUAAACUCAAACAGUGAAACUGGACUAAAAUUUUGUUCACUUCAAGUAUAGUUUGCGAGCGAACAAGAAAAACAUCAUGGGUGAAUACCUUCUUUCUUUACUCCAAGUACGUGGAACUAUUUACUCCUCGAAUAAAUAAACUUGUAUCGAAACGACCCUUAUAAAACCUCCUUAAAUAAGGGAGCUGUAGGCUAUGAACACACUGUACCGAGGAGCUUUUCCGCUGCCACGAAAAUAAUACCGGAUAUCGAUAGGGUUUCUGUUCACACAUACAUGAAGAACGGUGAUCGGGUCACGAUUUCUGUAACGGUACGAAGCUGCGCUGCGCUGAUCUCAAAAGUGGAGCGUCACGUGUCACAUAUCGGAUAGGUU